UGGAAGUAAUUCUUAAAAAGACAGUUAUAUUAUUAUCCUUGAAAAUGUAUUAUUAACGAGCAGUUUCUCUGGAUACUGGAUAAUAAUUUAUUGCUAUAAUUUUUGAGUCUUUAUUACUUCUUGAGCAAAAAGAACGAGAUAUAUAUUAAACAUUUUUUAAUAUAUUAGGAAAGAAUGACAUGAUAAAACUCUUUACAAAAUCCACGUAAACAUCGACACUGAAAAUCAACUGAUUACUGUUUGCCUUGAGCCAAAAUUAUCAAUCACUUGAUUUUUUAAAUUCAAUAUCUUCAGUGUUAUAGGAAAAUCAUAGGUUUAGUAAAUACCUAAUUGGUAAAAAUUUCCAAUAAAAUGUUGUAACUGUCAUUGACCGAAUUAAAAUGUCCAUGUAAAUUUUUUCGUUUAUUACAUGACAACUAUUUAUCAGUUAUCUGUUGAUAUAACAUUGCUUUAGAGUGGUUAUCAUUUUUAUUAUUUUAUUAUCAAAGUAAAUAUGUUUUUCUGAAGUAGGAAAGUAAGAUUUGAUGAUAUUGUGUUAUUAGAAGGAGUAGAAUUUUCACUUCUUCUUGAUAUUAAAGUGAAGAAUGUCUCAUUUCAUUUCGUUAAGACUCUGCUUAAGCCGUAUGUGAUACUUAUACCAAGUUAUUAACCUUUUGGUUAAUAUAAUACUUUCUUGGGAAUUGGAGAAAAAUGAGUAUCAUAAUUAUUUCUACACAGGAUUUGUAACGGAAUUGUUGGAAUUUUGUACGAAAUUAUAUACUUUUCAUUUUUUACGGAAUGGAUAGCAAAGCUGAUAUAGAAAAAAGGAAAAAUCCUAGACAGAGCGCCAAUCCUCUUAGCGCCCUUACAUUCUCAUGGGUUUUAAAAAUCUUCUGGACUGGCUAUCAACGAGAUUUAGAAAUAGAAGACCUAUACAGGCCAUUAAAAGAACACAAGAGUAGUAAUUUAGGCGAGCGAUUAUCAGCUGCUUGGGAUGAAGAACUGCAACGUUAUCAAAAAAAGCAAAAAUCGACGAAAGGAUGUGAAGGAUCAGACAGUAAUAAUGAAAAAGGAAAAAAAUCAGGAUCGCCUAGUUUACGGCGUGUCUUGAUCAAAGUUUUUGGGCCUCGGAUUGCUCUUUAUGGAAUUGCUUUAGCAUUAAUGGAAUUAGUUCUUCGGAUACUGCAGCCAAUAGCUCUUGGUCAGCUAUUAAAAUAUUACUCAAAAGAAUCAACUAUGACGUUAACAGAGGCUUAUCUAUAUGCAGGUGGAGUUAUUAUGUGUUCAGCAGUUAAUGUGUUCGUUAUUCACCCUUACAUGAUGGCUAUUCUUCACAUGGGUAUGAAAUUACGUGUUGCUUGUUGCUCUCUUAUAUAUCGAAAAGCCUUAAAGUUAUCAAAAACUGCUCUGGGAGAAACGACAGUUGGCCAAGCAGUCAAUCUUCUAUCUAAUGAUGUGAAUAGAUUUGACGUUGCUGUUAUUUUUAUUCAUUAUUUGUGGAUUGGACCAUUAGAAACAAUCAUUAUUACAUACUUAAUGUGGCGAGAAGUUGAACUUGCUGCAGUGAUUGGUGUUGCUUCAUUACUCAUGUUCAUACCACUCCAAGGAUGGUUGGGAAAGAAAACUUCAAUUUUAAGACUGAGAACAGCGAUUAGAACUGAUGAAAGAGUUCGUUUAACUAAUGAAAUUAUCAGUGGUAUUCAAGCCAUUAAAAUGUAUACAUGGGAAUAUCCAUUUAGUAAUUUAAUAGAAAAAGUUAGAAAGAGAGAAAUUCAAGCUAUAAGAUUAACAGCAUAUAUGAGAGGUGUCAUAAUGUCUUUUAUCAUUUUUUCCACAAGAUUAUCAUUGUUCGUAACUAUAUUAGCUUAUGUACUCAACCAAAAACCUAUUACAGCAGAAAAUGUAUUCAUGUUAACUGCGUACUAUAAUAUUCUACGUCAAACAAUGACAGUUUUCUUCCCGCAGGGCAUUACGCAAGUGGCUGAAGCAUCUGUAUCCAUUAAACGACUUGAAAAUUUUAUGAUGUAUUCGGAAAUUCAUCAAGAUACAAAGAAUACAAUGGAUAAUACUGAAAUUAAUUCAAUGAAUGGAGAAAAGAAAAAUGAUAAUGAUAUCAAAGACUCAAAAGUCGAUUCAGAACAAAUUAAUCUCGAUGAUGGUUCAGUAAAAUUAUCAAAUGUUUAUGCCAAAUGGUUGGAUUCUGAUCGUGAAGAUACACUACGUAACAUUAAUAUUAAUUUAAAACCAGGCCAAUUAGUUGCAGUUGUAGGUCAAGUAGGAUCGGGUAAAACAAGUUUGCUCAAUGUUAUUCUUAAAGAACUUCCUGUAAAACAUGGUAGUGUUGAAGUAAGUCGAAAAUUAGCUUAUGCCAGUCAGGAACCAUGGCUUUUUGCUGGUUCUGUACGUCAGAAUAUCCUUUUUGGUAGAGAAAUGGAUCAAAGAAAGUAUGAUAAAGUCAUAAAAGUCUGCCAGUUGAAACGCGACUUUACCCUACUUCCUUAUGGUGAUAGAACGAUUGUCGGAGAACGAGGAAUCAGUUUAUCUGGUGGUCAAAGAGCUCGAAUUAACUUAGCACGAGCCGUUUAUUCAGAUGCUCCACUUUUUCUACUUGAUGAUCCUCUCAGUGCUGUUGAUGCCCAUGUUGGUAAACACAUGUUUGAAGAAUGUAUUGAAAAGUACUUAAAAGGACGCACGAGAAUUUUAGUUACUCAUCAAAUUCAAUUUUUAAGAAAUGUGGAACAUAUUAUUGUGAUGAAAAAUGGACAAAUUGAAGCUGAAGGAACUUAUCAUAAACUUAUUGAGUUAGGUAUUGAUUUUGGACGUUUACUAGAACCUCCCCCACCUGCUACAGAAGAGUCUGAAUCUUUAGCUCAUAGUAGAAAUAAUUCACGUCAUACAAGUAUUACUUCUCUAAGUUCUUUCAUGACAAAUGAAACAAAUACCCAAGUACAAGAUGAACCUGAGGAGGUAGCAGAAAUGAGAACAAAAGGAUCCAUUGGAGGUCACGUUUAUUCCUCAUAUUUUAGAGCUGGUGGAAAUUAUUGUGUAAUAUUUUCAGUGGCAGCAUUAUAUAUAUUAACGCAAUUAGCAGCAAGUGCGAGUGAUUAUUUUAUUGCAUUUUGGGUUAAUCUUCAAACUGGUGCUACAGGAAAUAAUUCUUCAAUUUCUUCUAAUUCAACAGAUUCAACUGGAAUAUUUGAUUUAACGCCCGGUCCGAAUGGAUUAACUGAAAAACAAACUUAUCUGUGUAUUUAUAUUUUUACAGCUUUAACAGUUUUUACUGUCAUCAUUACCCUUGUAAGAUCUUUUGCCUUUUUUGAAAUGUGCGUGCGAGCAUCAAAACGUUUACAUGAUCGCAUGUUCUUUAGUAUCAGUCGUGCUACAAUGAGAUUUUUCAAUACAAAUACAUCAGGGCGUGUACUUAAUCGUUUUUCCAAGGAUAUGGGAGCGAUUGAUGAAUUAUUACCAAUAGCGAUGAUUGAUUGCAUUCAAAUUGGCCUUGCACUUCUGGGAAUAAUUGUCGUAGUAAGCUCAGUAAGUUAUUGGCUUUUAAUUCCUACAGCUAUUAUUGGAGUUAUAUUUUAUUUCUUGCGAGUUAUUUAUCUUUCUACGAGCCGCAGCAUUAAAAGACUCGAAGGAAUUACAAGAUCACCAGUAUUUAAUCAUUUGAGUGCUACGCUUCAGGGUAUUUCAACUAUAAGAUCGUUUCAAGCUGAACAAGUUCUUACGAAAGAGUUUGAUCAUCAUCAAGAUCUCCAUUCAUCAGCUUGGUAUAUCUUCAUUGCAUCUUCUAGGGCUUUUGGAUUAUGGCUAGAUAUUUUUUGUCUUAUUUAUAUUACAUUGGUGACUUUAAGCUUUUUAAUAUUCUUUGACGAUAAAAAUGAGAUUCAAAGUGGAGACGUUGGAUUAGCUAUUACACAAAGUAUUGGACUUACGGGAAUGUUUCAAUGGGGUAUGAGACAAAGUGCUGAAGUCGAAAAUCAAAUGACCUCUGUAGAGAGAGUAUUAGAGUAUACAACUAUUAAGGGAGAAGCUGCUCUACAAAGUAACCCGGAUAAAAAACCAAAAGAAGAUUGGCCAAAUGAAGGAAAGGUUGAAUUCAAGAGAGUUUAUCUUACUUACGCUCCACUAGAACCACCAGUUCUUAAGAAUCUUAAUUUUGUUAUUCAACCACGUGAGAAAGUUGGAAUUGUAGGACGAACAGGAGCUGGUAAGUCUUCCCUUAUUUCUGCCUUAUUCAGGCUUGCAGAUAUUGAAGGAGCCAUCGAGAUUGAUGGCAUAGAUACUGGUGAAAUUGGACUCCAUGAUUUUCGUGCCAAGAUAAGUAUAAUCCCUCAAGAGCCGUUUUUAUUUUCCGGAACUCUCAGAAGAAAUCUCGAUCCAUUUCAACAAUACCAUGAUAGUGUUUUGUGGUCAGCAUUGGAAGAUGUAGAACUUAAAGAAAUGGGACUUGAAGGUCAUGUUAACGAAGGUGGUACUAAUUUGAGCGUAGGACAAAGACAACUAGUUUGCCUUGCUCGAGCUAUUGUGCGUAAUAAUAAAAUCCUUGUGCUUGACGAAGCUACGGCGAAUGUUGAUCCUCGUACUGAUGAAUUCAUUCAAAAAGCAAUUAGACGAAAAUUUGCUGAUUGUACUGUACUUACUAUUGCUCAUCGACUUAAUACUGUCAUGGACAGCGAUCGGAUCUUGGUCAUGGAUGCCGGGUCUGCAGUGGAAUUUGAUCAUCCACAUGUGUUGCUUCAAAUUGAAAACGGAUACUUAACAAACAUGGUAAAAGAAACUGGAUCUGCGAUGGCAGAAGCAUUAGCUAGAGUAGCAAAGGAGAAUUAUCAACAUCGUCAGCAGAUAUCGGCACUUUAAUUUACUGAUAAUAAUAAUAAUAAUAAUUAUUAUUAUUAUUAUUAUCAUUGAUUAAAAAAUUGUUUAAUUCAAAAAUUUAGGGCAUUAUAUUUGUAUUUACCUAUUCACAUUUUUAUGAGAUGUAUAUUGUAUUAGAUAUUUUGCUAAUAAUGAAGUCACUAUUUGAUUAAAAAGCCAGGGAAAAAGUGCCUUCAUAAACAUCAAAAAUGAUGCCUUAUCAAGCGCUCGUUGUUACUACGACUGUUAUUUUUUCCAUUCAUGCAAAUAUAAACAAGUACUCUUUCAUCAUGUUUUAUUGCUGAUUAAUCAAAUAUGUGAACAAUGAUUAAUAACUAUUCAGCUAUGCACAAACAUAUGAUAAAUAUUUUACACAUGAAUACACAGUAUUAUUUUUCGUGAAUUAUUUUUGGCUGAAAAAUUGUUCAAGUACUAACAAACUAAUUCCAAUACAUCUUAACAGAUAAAUAAAUAUUUAUUUAAAUAUGUAAAAAUGUUGAAAAUGUACUUAAUUAUUUUUUUUUAUAUGGAUAAGUACAUU